AUGACGUAUGUGACAGAGUGGUACAAGCAUGGACGACUGGCUGACGGCUUCUCUUGGCCAGAUACCAUUGAGCCAGGCUACCGUGACAAAAACGGCGUUCUCAGCUAUGAAAGAAACGGGGCUGUAUUCGUAGGAUGUUCAGGAUACGUAACCUACAAGAUGUUCGAUACCGAGGUCACCAUUGCCUUCGCCAAUCCAUAUAGGCAACGCGCUAGGAGUCGGGACCGGCGGCAAGCGCUAUUAAACUUGGCUUUCUGUUUUGUAGUUUCGCUGACAAAGGCAAAGAAAAAAGGCUUAGAUUUAAAAACAGGACUGGUGAAAGAGAUCCAAGAAUGUGUUGAUAAUUAUGCCUUCAUCUAUGUAUUCUCGGUGGAAAACAUGAGGAAUAGUAAAUUAAAGGAAGUAAGGAAUGAGUGGAAGCACAGAAGGUUUUUCUUUGGUAAGAACAAAGUUAUGACCAUUGCACUUGGACGAGAAAAAGAAGCAGAAUACAGAGAGAACCUACACAAGAUAGCUAAUAAACUAAAAGGUCAAUGUGGAUUGAUGUUUACAAAUCAGGCAAAAGAUGAUGUUGUCAGAUGGUUUAAAGAUUACAGUGAGCUGGACUAUGCCAGAUCAGGCAAUGAAGCAACAAGUGAUGUCACAAUAGAUGCAGGUCCUCUAGAACAGUUUCAACACUCGAUGGAACCACAGCUCAGGCAGCUAGGCCUCAACACAACUCUUAAGAAAGGAAUCAUAACUCUUGAAAGUGAUUUUCAAAUAUGUAAAGAGGGUGAUACGCUUACCCCUGAACAAGCAAGACUUCUGGUAAGAAAUCUGUUGAUAUUAUGUAGCUUAAGUAUGCACUGUACUUGCUUGUAUAUACAUGAAUGAUGAGCAAACACCCUGUAAGAAAGCACGUGUUCAAAGCUGUGUUUCUAUUAAGCAAUAAGACUAUGAGCUCGAGAUUUCAUCAACUAUCACGCAUAGAAAUCGAGAGCGAAUAUAGUAUAGUAUAAAUCUACUAGUCGUUCAAAACUUCAUCUAAAUUUUCUUCACAUACACUUCAAAAAAGGCCAAGAAGCAGCCAUCAUUUUGUUAACAAGGGCACACUGCUACACUACUCAGUAUCUAUCAC